GCCUGUGCUGUUGUGUGUGUGUGAAACCAAACAUUGAGAGACUGAGCCGCCUCGGUAACUCAUCAUAACUUAUCAUAACUUCAUCAUAACUCAUCAUAACUCAUCAUAACUCAUCAUAACGUAAUCAACAACGGAGAAAAGUCAACGUUAAGUUUGACAUUUUGAUGUUUUUAAAAUGCUGCUGAGUCAAAGAAGAACAAAAUGUCGGGAGUUCACGGGACCGACGCCUCAUUCAGUCGCUUUGAGAGCCAAGUUCCCGUCCAGGAGGCCUGUGGACCAUCUGAUCCUGGACAGACAGAAGCAGGAUGCUGCCAGAGAAGAGAUCCAGGACUUCACCAAGAACCAGCAGAGCUUCAACAUGAAGACUUGGUGGCUGCAGACUUCAGACCGACGCUUCCUCCAAGGAUCCGUCCAGAGACAAGUCGGAGCUGCUCUGACCCAGCAGGAGGUCCACGUGGACCAGAGGAGGGACAGGCUGCGUGUGCUGCUGGAGGAGGAGGAGCAGCAGCUCCUGCAGGAGAUGGAGGAGAAGAUGGAGACUCCGGUGGAGAGACAGGCGAAGAUGAGAGAACGAGCCAAAGCUCUGAGAGAGAGGAGAGAGACAGACAGGCAGAAGAUGGUCUCAGAGAAGAUGGAUCAGCUGUUCAGGUAAACAGAGAGACAGACAGGCAGAAGAUGGUCUCAGAGAAGAUGGAUCAGCUGUUCAGGGACCAGUGUGAGGAGCUGAGGACGGUGCAGAGCCAGCGCAGAGAGCAGCAGGUGUGUUUGGAGCGAGCAGCUCAGCUGGUGAUUGGCCAGCAGCAGCGCCAGCGCCAGCGGCAGGAAGAACAGCUGUUUGCUGAGCUGUGGGAGGCCGACCGGCGAGCCAAAGACCAGAAAGAGGAGCAGGAAGCUCAGCGGCGCCAGAACAGGAACCUUCAGACGCUGGACGCCAUCAGGACUCAGAUGGAGGCAGCGGAGCAGCAGAGACAGAAACACAAAGAGCUGAGAGAGGAGGAGGCAGCACUCAUGCGUGAGCAGCAGCAGAUGCAGCAGCUCCAGCUGCAGCGUGAGCAGCAGCAGACUCUGCAGCAGCAGCAGCAGAACCGGAGGCAGCUGGAUCAGGGUCUCCGGCUGAAGAUGAAGCGUCUGGCCCGGGAGCAGCAGGACCAGCUGGAGCUGGACAUGAGCAUCCUGCACACGCUGCUGCAACAGGAAACGGACCACAAACAGGAAGCUGCUCACAGGAAGGUGGAGCUGCGUGAGGAGCAGCAGCGCUACCGUCAGUAUUUAUCAGCGGAGCUGCAGAAGCAGAGGAGGGAGGAGGAGGAGACGGAGCAGCUGAUGGAGGACAAACUGAAGGAGGUGUGGAGUAAACGAGAGGAGCAGAGCCGGCUGCAGAGAGAAGCCAGAAACAGACUGAUGAAGGAAGUGAUGGAGGCUCGCAGUCUGCAGAUACUACACAAACUGGAGCUGAACAUUCAGAGUCAGGCGGAGUUGUCCAAAGAGAGAGACGAGCUGAACAGAGCGAUGGAAGAGAUGAAGCUGAUGGACGACAAGGAGAAAAGACGACAGCAGCAGAGGGCUGAGUCCUACCAGGCCGACCUGCAGGCUCAGAUGAAGUCCCAGCAGCAGCUCCUCUUCCAGCAGAAAGCUCAGGAAGAGAGGGAGCACCAGCAGGGUCUGAUGCUGCAGGACCAGUACCAACGCAAGAAAGACCACAUCCUGUCCAGACCCUCGUCUCACACCGCGGGCGUCUCCGUCCAUCCGUUCAGACAGGCAGACAGGUCCAGGUCUGCCCCCAGACACCCCCCCGCACACAAUGCUCUUUAAAAACAUCUAAAUUAAAGUCUGAAAGCUUUGACUUCAAGGCAAGGCAGCUUUAUUUCUCCAGCACAUUUCAGCAACAAGACCAUUCAACGUGCUUUAGAUAAAACAUUAAAGAGCAGUUCCAUAGAAUAAUAGUUUCUGGGAGUUAGUUCCAGAUAUGUGGAGCAUAGAAACUAAUCGCUUAUUCUCCCUGUUUAGUUCUGAUACAACAGCCGUCCUCAUACCAACAGGGGACCUCACAGAUGCUACGUCUGUUAUUUAUACAGUUUAUGUUUCCAACAUUAGAGCGCUGUUAAAAGUUGCUGCUUCAACACAAACCAACCAAGAGAAAAAUCCAACAACUUUAUCAUUUCAGAUGCUGAAUCAGAACAAAUCAAACGCCCAAAAUUCAACCCUAAAGUCAUCAUGUUCCAAUAGAUAGAUAGAUAGAUAGAUAGAUAGAUAGAUAGAUAGAUAGAUACUUUAUUGAUCCCCAAGGGGAAAUCCAAGGUCCCAGUAGCUUAAACACAUCACACACAACAUAGGCCUACACAUAUAUCAUAAACACGAUGAUAAAAAGACAAUCCACAUGAACAAUAUGGACAAUAAAAGAAAAGAAAAGAUACUAAAUAAAAUCCACAUGAAUGUAGUAAGGAUCCAAGGGCCCCGAAUAGGGCUAAGAAGUAAUAAGGUUACAGCCGUUGUUCAAGUAAUAAGUUAUUAAGUUAGACCUCAGUCCAGGCUGGGGGAGGGAAGGAGGGAGGGGUUGUGGAUAUAGGCUGAUAUAACCAGUAGUUAGUGUAAACCAGUGAUUUUAAACCACUGUGCCGCGGCACACUAGUGUGAGAGAUGGUCCUGUGUACCGUGAGAAAUUAUCCAAUUUUACUUAAUUGGUCCAACAAAUUUUUGUAUUGAGUUACUGCAAAUAAUUUGCCAUUGUGCGCAUCUGUGCCUGCAAUAUGAUGACUGGCAGAGAAAUGAAAUACUAUUCUGUAUCAGUAGGUGGCAGUAUAGCGCAAUAAUGACCUUGUUGAUUUAAGACAAUAUAAUCACUGCAGUGACAGGAUGUAAGCAGUAGGGCCGAGAUCAUCGAUGUAAGCCUGCAAAAGCGAUGGAUACAUUUUUAAAAAGGAAAAAUGCAGAUUCUGAUCUCAUUAGGCUACAAUGUUUCCUUUUUGUA